GUAAACAAAAACAGUACCAAACGUUUCCGGUUUCGCAAUCAACAACCUGCCAGCAGACAGCAAUGGAAAAUUUUCAGAAAAUAGAAAAGAUUGGCGAAGGCACUUACGGAGUUGUGUACAAAGCAAGAGAUAAAACAACAGGUCGACUUGUAGCACUGAAGAAAAUCAGACUUGAUGCAGAAUCUGAAGGAGUACCUUCUACAGCUAUCAGGGAAAUAUCUUUACUUAAAGAACUUGACCAUCCAACAGUUGUCAGAUUGCUUGAUGUUGUACAUAGUGAGAAAAAGCUUUAUCUAGUUUUUGAAUAUUUAAAUCAAGAUUUGAAGAAGUACAUGGACAGUUGUCCCCCUUCAGGGAUGCCUUCAUCAUUAAUAAAGAGUUACCUGUACCAGCUGCUACAAGGAGUUGCCUUUUGUCAUGCACAUCGAGUCCUACACAGAGAUUUAAAACCACAAAAUUUGCUAAUAGAUGUGGAUGGUAACAUCAAACUAGCAGAUUUUGGUUUGGCAAGGGCAUUUGGUGUUCCAGUUAGGACAUAUACACAUGAGGUUGUAACAUUAUGGUAUAGGGCACCAGAGAUAUUAUUAGGAAGCAGGUUUUAUUCAACACCAGUAGAUGUUUGGAGUUUAGGCUGUAUAUUUGCUGAAAUGAUGACAAGAAGAGCAUUAUUUCCAGGAGAUUCAGAAAUUGACCAGCUCUUCAGAAUAUUCAGAACUUUAGGGACACCUGAUGAAACAGUAUGGCCAGGUGUAUCACAGUUACCAGAUUUUAAAUCCACUUUCCCUAAAUGGCCUCAACAGGCAAUUUCCUGUACUGUCCCUCAUAUUUCAGGAGAUGUUUUAGACAUGUUGGAACAAAUGUUAAAGUAUGAACCAAGCCAAAGAAUAUCAGCUAAAGCAGCUCUGAGUCAUCCAUACUUCAAUAAUGUCUGUAAACAAAGACCACCCCAAAUCCUGAAAUGAAAACAAUGGAUGAUGUAAAUGGAUCUUAUAAAUCAAAUUUCUACUUUGAAAGUAGAAGAGAAAACUAUUUUCUGAAGAAAGAAUGACCAAUCAGAAGUGAUUUAAAAAUGAUACCUUUUAAAAUGAUUUUUAAUAUUUAUACAUUUUUGUCU